GCGCGAGGCAGUUGCACGCCCGGAGAGUGUGCGCGCAGUUUGAUUUGGACUCGGCGGCUGUUUUGAGGACGGCUGUCAACAGUGGGUUAUGGUCUGUGCGAUAACGUUACUUUAAUUCUGCUAUUUAACCUAACGCUGAACUGUUAGUUACAGUACGUUAACGGACUGUAAGUUAGCUAGCGAGCUACGUUGUGUUGUUGUUGUUGUGUUGUUGUUGUGUUGUUGACUGGGUCCGCCCUUAGUUAACGUUAGCUAACAUUUGUUUUCUGGAGGUGACAUUUGUCGGUGAUGACAAAAGAUGAGAAACGCUGCCCUGCUGCUCGGAAUAAUGUUAAAGGCUGGGAAGACCUGUUCUACAAAAUGAGCUGACUAUCACAGGAUUGUAUCGAUACUGAGAUCACACACCCUGUCAAGCAGGAUGUUCAAGAUGUUAGAUCUCUAAUCGUUACAAAUGAGAGUGACCAAGCUGGAAAGGAGAACCUCCACAGAGUUCAUUUUACUCAGCUCAGAAAGGAACUGAAAAAAGUGCUACACAAUGUCAGUGGCAGUGGAAACCACAGUGUCCAGGGUGUCUCUCCCUCUUCCGGUCCACUUCUCCCACGCAGAGCAGUCCUUCUCCCUCAAAAAGCGGCGUCUCCCUUUUUCCUCCUCGUCUACGUCCAACUCCUCCUAUUCUUCCCCUGCUCAGCUCUCCCAUUCUCUGCCCCCUUUGCCACCAUCCAAAGGAUGCCUCCCUCUGAGCAGGAUGUUCCCCCAACAUCCAUCCCCCUGGACACCCCUGUCUUGUUCCCUCAGAAAGUCUCCGAAUUCUGUGUACAAUCCCAGCAAACAACAGUCCUAUUUCAGUCAGUGCUUCACUAAUCUGGGCCUGCUGGGAAGAGGAUCCUUCGGAGAGGUCUACAAGGUGCAAAGCACAGAGGAUGGACUACAGUAUGCAGUCAAGCGCUCUGCUCAUCGCUUCAGGGGCAACAGUGAGAGGAACCGGAGUGUGAGGGAAGCCAGGAACCACGAGCGCCUGUGUCCCCACCCUCACAUACUGAAUUUUGUGGCAGCCUGGGAGGAGUGUGGCCGACUGUACAUUCAGACAGAGCUGUGUAGCACCAGCUUGCUGCUUCAUGCUGAGAACCAGCCUCCCGGCCCAGAUGAGCCUGCAGCGUGGGCCUACCUGUGCGACCUUCUCUCAGCACUGCAGCACUUGCACUCCCAUGGUUUUGUGCACCUGGACCUCAAGCCUGCUAAUGUCCUCAUGACUGAGUCUGGACGUCUCAAGCUGGGGGACUUCGGGCUGCUACUUGAGCUCAAACAAACGAGUGCAGAGCCUGUAGAGGGGAAGGUGAAAGAGGAUGCCCAGGAGGGAGACCCCAGGUACAUGGCCCCUGAGCUGCUCCGUGGAGAGUAUGGACCUGCUGCAGAUGUUUUCAGUUUGGGUAUUUCAAUCCUGGAGCUUGCCUGUAAUAUUGAGGUUCCAAAUGGUGGAGAGGGCUGGCAACAACUCAGAAAAGGCAGCCUGCCCUCAGAGUUUACCAGUGGCCUGUCAACUGAGCUUCAGACAGUGCUGCGGAUGAUGCUGGCCCCAGAACCAUCGGAGAGACCCACAGUCUCUGAGCUUCUUGCCCUCCCGUCUGUUUGGAAGCACAGUUGGAAAAGACGCAUCUAUCUUAUGGUCACAGAGGCCACGCUGACACUGGUCUCCCUCUGCCAGUUGGUGGUGUGCUUUGGGUGCAGGCUCUUGUCCUCUCUUCACUUGUCCUUUCUCCCUCAUUGGACCAAGCCAGUACCCUGCACUCCUUCUAAGGAUAGCUGGGACAGGGAUUUAACCCUGCCCCUCAGUGCCAUGCACGCUGACUCAGGGAGCCCAGAGGACGAUGCAGUGUUUCUGCUGAAUUCCACAAACCCGGAGCUUUCGCCCACCUUCUCACACAGGGUCAAAUCCAGACUGUCUGUGGAAAGCACAUCGACUCCUCUCCCAGGUUCACCGACACACAAUCAUCAAAGUCCUGCCAACACACCCACUCACUCAAAUCUGGGUGAUUGGUUCUCCUGUAAGUUAGCACAGACGCCCUCCAGCAUCCACUCAAAUGGUUCCUGCCACAAACUGACACCCAGUGCGAGCCCCAUACACGCAGAGCUUCACACAGACACCGUGAACGAAAACUCCACGCACAGCCGCUGCUCAUCCCAGCGACGUGCUCGCAACUGGGUCCGAACGGAGGAGGCCGUACCCCGACCCAACUUUGAACCAAAGAACCUGCUCAGUCUGUUUGAGGAAACGACUCCAUGAGUACGAGACUGCCAGUUUACAUUCAGGGACAACGCGUUUUCACUUUAAUAUGUUGGGUGACGAGGACCUAAUGUGUGAAUGUACCAAGUUCACUACUUAGUGUGUAUGAACUGCUUUUGCCAUUUUGUAACAGUUGUAUGUACAACAGCUUCUUGUAUUUGAAAAAAAUAUAUAUAUUUAGGGGAAAGGGGUUGAACAUGUAAUCGGACCUUUAAAGCACUUUUUAUGUUUGUGUAAAUGCAAUCUGUUGCUGAAAUGACAAGUCAUGAUGUAUUGUUAAACAAGUUAUCAUUAGCUUGGUAUACUCUGAGUUAUUUACCUCGUGAGUUACAAAAUGAAAUAAAACGAAGAGGGAAAGAGAA